CACUCACCAAUUCACAAGCUUCUUCAUUUCAUUCAUUGUUUAAACUUCAUUACUAUAUAGUUGUUUCAGACAAAAAAAUAAAUUAAAAAUGGCUUCUAAAUUAUCUUUAAAUUGCAUGCUUUUGGCAAUUCUUUUGAUUAUUAAUUUAUCAAGCUUGCAAUGUGACGCACAACUGUCUUCAAAUUUCUAUGAUAGCACAUGUCCAACUGCACUGACUACUAUUAAGUCUGUUAUUGAUGCUGCAGUUAGUAGUGAGGCGAGAAUGGCUGCUUCAUUAAUUCGUCUCCAUUUUCACGAUUGUUUCGUUCAGGGUUGUGAUGGAUCCGUUUUAUUGGAGGAUACUUCCACAUUUACUGGUGAGAGAACUGCUCGUAACAAUGCUAAUUCUAUCAGAGGGUUUGGUGUCAUUGACAAUGCCAAGUCACAAUUAGAGAGCAUUUGUCCUGGAAUUGUUUCGUGUGCUGAUAUCGUUGCGGUCGCAGCCCGGGAUGCAUCUGUCGCCGUGAGUGGACCAUCAUGGACAGUGAAUCUUGGAAGGAGAGACUCCACAACUGCAAGUUUAGCCCUAGCUAACAGUGACCUUCCUGGCUUUAAUGACGCCCUUGGAGUUAUCAUUUCUAAGUUUAGCGACAAGGGUUUAAAUCAAAGAGAAAUGGUCGCCCUUUCAGGAGCUCAUACAAUAGGCCGAGCUGCAUGUGCAACAUUUCGCGACAGAAUUCACAACAACGCAAGUGAUAUCGACCCUGAUUUUGCAGCAACCAGAAGAACCAAUUGUCCAGCAACUGGUAGCCCCGGAAAUCUCGCACCACUUGAUUUGGUCACGCCCGACGGAUUCGACAACAACUACUAUAGCAAUCUCAUCGCCAAAAGAGGACUUCUUGCGUCAGAUCAAAUACUCUUUAGCAACGGAUCUACAGACAGCAUUGUUGUUGAGUAUAGCGGCGAUUCUGCAUCUUUCAGCUCCGAUUUUGCUGCUGCUAUGGUGAAGAUGGGAAAUAUAAGUCCCUUAACUGGUACUCAAGGAGAGAUUCGAACUCUUUGCACCGCUGUUAAUAGCUAAAAUUCAUCUACAACGACGAGAAUCAUUUAGCUUUGUUUUGUUUUGUUUAAUUUGCACAAUAAUGGUGGGUGAAUUUAUAGCUUAAGUUAUAAUUUUACCGCUUGAGGAUCAUUUUGCGAUCUCAAUCUCUUGUAUUUUCAAUUUCUGAAGUGUGAUUAUAGUUCUUAUUUUUAGAUUUA